AAAUCGAAACCUCUUCAUUUCCUUCCAGAUGCCCUUGGGCCAGAGCAGAGACGCCGAUUGAUCGAUGGCUUUGAUACGUUUGGGGCGGAGCAGAGGCGCGGGACGCACUCGGACAAAGUGGAGCUCAAGCAUUUUAUUCGAUUGGACCCAGUGGAACCGGCGCGUUCCUUCGAAAUCUCGGUGAGGAACGCGGCAGCAGCCACAUUUCCCCGCCCGAAAUGGAAUGAAAAAUCGGUUUCCCCCCUCCAGACGCACUGGGGCCCGAGCCGAGACGCGGAUU